UUUCAGCUUCCGUGUUUAUCAAACGUCGAUUGAAAAUUUUAACCUAUCUUUUAGCUUGAACUUUUAGUGAUAAACAAAAUUUCGUCAACUCCUGUAUUAAUUUUGGCAUUAAAUUGUAUAGGAAGACGUAUGAAAUGGCUUGUCGUCCUAAUGUUUACGAAAGUGGAUAUGAAGAAUCGAGAUUUAAGACUGUUGUUGAUGAAAAUUUUACUGUUCAGUUUGUCUGAAUGUCAUGAAAGAUGCCAGAAUGUGCCAUAAUCAACACAGUUUUUGUCGUGAAUGUAUUGAAGAACAUCUACGAGUUAAUGCACAAAGAUGUCCUCAAUGUCAAGAUAAUUUAACUGUAGCUACGCUUCAUCCAGCGCGUGUUAUAAAUAAUAUGAUUUCAAAGUUAAAGAUCAACUGCGACUACGCCAGUCGUGGUUGUCCUGAAUUUAUAAAUGUCGAAGAUCUUGAAAGACAUGUUGAAAAUUGUGGUUUUGCUCCAGUGUUGUGUUCUAAUGAACGUUGUGGUCUGGAAAUAAACAAACGAGACAAGAUUAAACAUGAAACUGAAUUAUGUGAAUACAGAAAGAUUGCUUCUCACGACUUUCGAGAGAUUAGCGAAAUGUUUCAACGAAGUUUUGAAGACAAAAUGGAAAUGCAAAUGAACAACUUAAGCAGGAAAAUAGACGAAAAAUUUUUUGAAGUAAAAGAUUCCGUGAAACCAUUGACAUCUCAGUAUAAAGAAAUGAUGGAAUCUGUAGUAGAAAAUGUUGAACAAAAUCUUUCUACAGUGACCAAAGAAAUGAUGGAAUCAAGGAAAGAAAUAAAAGAUGUUCAACAAAAUCUUUCUACAGUGACCAAAGAAAUGAAAGAAAUGAAAGCCAUGAUGUUUCAAAUGUUGGAAAAGAUGAAUAUAAAUGAACAACAUGUUCAAACAUUGACAUCACCAAUUGAAAUGGUGAUGAACUCUGUAAAAUGUGAUAUUUUGAUUGCUGGAGGUAACUCACGUGGUUCCUCAAAGAGUGUUGAAAUAUUUUCAUGGAAGGAGGAGAAAUGGUUUAACAUUGCAUCAAUGGAAAAUGAACACAGGAAAUGCCUCCAUUACCUCAUCCAUUGGGUGGAAUGGCAACAGUUCAAUGGAGAGAUCAAGUUGUUCUUCUUGGAGGUGAUGAUGGAAGAGAAAGGUUGAACAGUGUUAUCAUGUAUGACACUAAGACAGGUAAGAUUACAGUCUUACCAUCCAUGUUGGAAAAGAGAUCCUGUUGUUGUGCAGUUAUAACAGAUGAUACAAUUGUUGUCAUGGGAGGUUGGAAUGAUAAAGGUAAUGUUCUUAAUUCAGUGGAGUGUUUCAAAAUGGGAUGUAGUUCUUCAUGGAAAUAUCUUCCUUCAAUGAACGAACCACGAUAUGUGUCCAUAGCCGAAGUUUUACCUUUUGGACAAAAGUAUGUAUAAGCAAGAAAACGUUCAUCAAACGUUAUAACUUACUAAAAUUCUUGUAGCUUACACUGGAUGAUAAAUAUGUAAAGUUAAAUGUGUAAACCUUUAAAGCCUGUUGAGAAAUUAUUUCUCCACUGAUUCACUUUAAUGAUAUAUAUACUGUAUAUUGCAAGUUGUAUCAUAAAAUACUAUAUACAGCACAUGUCUAUCACAAACUUUGGUCACCAAUUAAGAAUUAUAUAUUUACAUGUUAUUUAUAUAAAUGGCAUUUUUCAAAUAUAUUACAUGGCUUUGCUCA